AUGUUUUCUUUGCCGCACAUAAUUUUGUCCCUCACGAGAUGGCAAAUAGCAUUCUUGAUACUGUGGCUCCAUCGAUAUAUCCGAACCAUAGGUAACUUCCUCAGCCACUGGACCUAUAAGUCUAUACCGAUUCCAUCGAAACCUUCAUAUACGAUAAAUGAUGUUACAGUAAUUAUUCCCACUAUUCAUAACAAUUUUGAGGAGCUGAGAGAGUCUAUAAAAAGUAUUCUUGCUUGCCAUCCGUUUGAGCUUUUUCUGGUCACCACGGCCGAUAAAUAUGAGAAGCUGUCAAGAUUUGUUGAUUCUUUAAAUGCUAGCAACGUUCAAGUAUAUCAGGUUCGAAUUGCAAAUAAGCGGAGACAGGUCUGCGAGGUUAUUCCUGAGGUAAAGACUUCUAUCAUCAUAAUGGCUGAUGACGAUGUCACGUGGCCAAAAACUAUACUCCCCUGGCUAUUAGCACCGUUUGAAGACGAAAGAAUUGGUGCAGUCGGUCCCAACCAGAGAGUGAAAAGAAUAAGGAGUGGACCAUUUUCCUCAUUACUAUUUAACUGGCUCGGUGCUGCAUAUAUAGAGCGCAGGAAUUUCGAGAUCUCGGCGACUCAUGGUAUCGAUGGAGGUACUUCAUGUAUGUCAGGCCGGACUUGUGCAUUUCGUGCAGAGAUUCUUAAGAGCCCCUUGUUUCUAGACGGAUUCAAAAAUGAGCGUUGGGGUCGAUAUCAACUCAAUGCCGAUGACGAUAAUUUUGUGACUAGAUGGCUAGUUGCAAACCAGUGGAAGACAUGGAUCCAAUAUAAUAAAGAAUCUGAAAUCGAAACAACCCUAGAGAAUAACAUCAAAUUUCUCUACCAAUGUUCGCGGUGGGCACGAAGUAAUUGGCGAAGUAACUAUACUAGCCUGUUCACUGAGCGUCAUGUAUGGCGGCAGCAAUUAUGGUGCACAUACGCUUUACAUAUUGCAACUUUUACAACUCUAUCUUUCGUAUUCGAUCCCCUAAUAAUUUUUUUGACAAUAAAUGCGUCACGUGAACUACCUGGAAACUGGCCACAAUAUGCACUUAUAGCUCAGUGUGUCUUUAUGGCAUGGACAAAGGUCAUCAAACUUGUGGGACUUUUUGUGCGAGAGCCUCUCGACUUUAUUUUUCUCCCCGUUUCUAUAAUCUUUGGUUAUUUUCACGGACUCAUCAAGCUCUAUGCACUCUUGACACUUCGCAUGACUUCCUGGGGUAGUCGUCCCGAUGGCGAUACGAAUGAUAACGAACGCAUGACGCCUCGUUCCCGCCGUAACGAUAGUUUUGACUCUCUCAUCGACGAUCAUCCAGGACUUAUUCAAUACAAAGAUUCUCGAAUUAUCCAUUCCUCAGAGAAGCACCCUAAUAUUGAAAUCGAGGAUUGCUGUGCUUGUAAAUUUAGCUUAGCCCCAAAAACCUAUGACUGCCCAAAUGGUUGA